AUGAGCGUGGGCUUGGCGACGGGAAAUCAUACCUUCCCGACAACAGCGAGAAUCACCGAGCUACAGGAACAGUCGGAGGAUCAGCAAGAAGACCAAACACCAGCACGACAAGCAGUACCUGUUUCUCAUUCUCUUCCACCUCUAUCUCUCCCUCUUGCUUCCGAGGCUCAACCUUCAUCCUCCCCGGUCUCACGUCCAUCUCAAGGAACUUCAAAUCAGACACAAGCCGCUGCUGAUCACGCGCCUGAACUUUCUUUCCCUUUUGCUCCAUCGUCCUCGCGUCCUUUUUGGACUGAGAGUCUUGCAGACUCGCUGGCACAGUCGAGCAUUUGUGGGGGAGCUUGCCUUCCCAAGGCCAAGAACCUUAUGGAGGAGAAGGGACUGGGAGGGCAUGAUCAGCUUUAUGACUCUGCAGUCGGCCACCUCCUUUCAGGCAUCGAUGGCAUGGCCGAGCUCAAGAGGCGUUAUGACCUUCAUGCCGGAGAACAGGCCAGCCGGCUCAGGGAGGCGGCAACGCCGCGUGAGCAGGUGGAGGAGCUGGACGCCAAGGUGUCGAUGGCCAACGCAUUGGAGCGUUGUCUAAGGGAAAUGCGAAGCAUUAGUGAGGACAGGCAUGCUGGGACAAAGAGGGAAUUGGCUCUUAUGCAAGAGAAAUUGGAGGAGGCGAAUCGCCGGAUUGAGUAUUUAGAGAAUGAGAGAGCAGAAGAGAAGGCGUGCGGGGCUAGCGUGGAGGGAGAAGCCAUGAUGAUCGCACCUCGUCCGAGCCCUGCGGAUCCAAGGAGUCAUACUACCGCCCCGAGUUUUGUUCCUUCUCCUAGUCCUCGUCUCACGUACGUGGAGGGGUGCAAGGAAAGCGCUCUUUUUCCUGAACUAACAGGAGUUUGA